AUGCUCUCCUUCAUCCGCCCUGCCCUCCGCCCCGCCGUCGCCAUUCGCCAUGUACGACCUCAUCGUCAAGUACAGUCCCUACGCGCGCUCCAUGUUUCGCCAAUAGGACGAAGCAAGCAGCCGGCGCGCGCCGCUGCUCAGGAAGAGGACCUCUUCGCUGACGAGGACGAGGACGACGACCUCUUUUCCGAGGCUCUUGAUGCAGGACCGCCUCCCAAAAUGACCACGGGUGCAGGCGCCACCGCGCCAGGGCCCACCGAGGAGUACGUGCACGUCGGCAACCCGAACAGGCGAGGUCCUGCCACCGUCCCGACCCCGGUCCGCUUCAACAGGCUGUACGGAUUCAUGGAGGACGUGCUCUCGGGCAAGGACAAGACGCGGAAAGUGAGCAAACGCGCGUGGCCCAGGCUGCUCUCCCUCGCCACCACCGAGGAGGACCUGGAGCGCGUCGUCGACCUCAUGCCCCGCUGGCGGAGGCAGCCGCAGGGUUGGACUCCGGCCUGGGGCUACUAUCUCGCGUUGCAAUGCCACGGCAAGAAGCGACCCGACCUCACGGUGCGCGUGUUCGGCGACCGCCCCAAGUACGGCGUCGACCUCUCGCUCGACGCCGCGCGCCUGGUCCUCCUCUCGCUCGCCGAGCGCGGCGCGCGCGCCGACGCCGUUGCCGUCGCCGCGCUCUACCCGCUCUACUUCCUCCCACCCGCCUCGGCCGACCUCUCCUCGCUCGCGUAUCUCCUCCGGGCCCUCCUCCACGACGUCGCUCCCGCGACAGCUGACCAAACGGACGCGGACCGCGCGGCGAUCGACGUCGCGCGGGGGCUCCUCCCGACGCUCCAGCAACUCACCGAACAAAACACGCUCGAGCCCGAACGGAACGGUGGCGCAGUCGACGUGCGCGUCCACACUGCGAACUCGCUGGUGAUUGUACGUGAGAAGUACGCGGGGAUUGGAGAAGAGAUGCAGUGGCUCGAGGACUGGCUCAAGUCCCAUUCGGAGCAGGCACAGCAGUGA